CGAACGCCGUUCUAGUCUAGAAACACGACGAGGAGUGAACCAAGGACGCCAUUCGUCUCUUCCUCCACAUCGCAACCCAUCACUCAUUGAUUGAUUGGUUCAUUGAUUGAUUGAUUGAUUGAUUGAUUGUUUGCCAUGAUGGUCGAGCAACCGCUGUUGGUCCCCGAUGGUGCGGGGCAAAACGCCGAUGCCGAUACAACCGGGGCUGCGAGCGCCAACGCCAGCAGCAACAGCAACGGCGGCGGCAGCAGCAGCAGCGCUCCUUCGGCUCCCCUAGACCCCACGGGGGACGGGCCGGGCCCGACCGAACCGGCCGCAGCGGAGGAAGACUCGGGCUUUGUGCCCCCAACCCCCAGCGCGGUCCGCCGCGCUGGCUACCUCCAGUACGCCCGCAACCGGCACCAGCACCUGAUAAAGACGGGGGCCGUCCGCAGGCCGUCCUGGAAGACGCAGCCGCAAGCCCAGGGACAAGCCCAGCCACAAGCCCGGCCACAGGCACCCCGGGCCACGAAGCAAGACCCCGAGGCCUCUCCUUCCCCGGUCAAGGCGAAGAAGGACCCCUCCUCCAUCGUGGUGCUUCCCGUCAACUACCAGGCGAAGAAAGCAAGCCAAGAAGCAGCGGAGGGAGUGUCGGACGCCCCGGCCCCAACGACGCCGUCGCCGGCCAAGACGAAGGAAAAGCCUUCCUCUGCGGUGGUGGUCCUCCCGGGGAACUACCAGGCGAGAAAGGCAAGGAGGGAGGAUCCCUCCGGAAAGGAACCCGUAUCCUCGCCAACCUCCGUGGCGGCCCCCCUCCUCGACGACAAGCUCUUUGGCUACAAGGAGGAUUCCACGAAAGACGACCCCGAAGACGAACGAGAACGAGAACGUGCAACCAGAAAGGAAGACGGAAACGAAGACCAAACCCACCACCAAGCCGAAGCCCAAGACGUUCACGAACCAAGAACCGGGGCACCCGAAGCAGCAGCUGCAGCAACAAUCGAUGCAGCCGAAGAACAGGGCCCCUCCUCCCCCAACGACAGCACGGGCGACGCCACCAGCAGCUCUUCCCUCCACCGCAUCAUGGCGCCGAGGGACGACGAGGACCCCGAAACCCCCCGUCCGGGUGCGGUGGCCGCCGCGAGGGCCGCCAUCGUGGCCCGGGCAGCGAUCGAUCGUCAUCCUCCCGCCACCCCAAGGGCCAGGGGGGUCCAUCCCCAGGAGCAGGAGCCGCCGAGGGCUCCCUCCAAGCCCGAGAGCACCCGGACCCGGGUCUACCACCGGCCCCACACCAACGAGACGCUGGUGGCGGCCCCAACCGCCUGCGAGGAUAAUAGCCCCUUCCGCAACGAGGAGGACGACGAUGCCGACACCGAAACGAUUGGCAACGACACCAUCGGCAACGACACCAUCGGCAACGAUACCAUCGAUGACGGCAAGAGCGAAGCCUCGGAACACAGCGAGGCCUGGAGGACGAGGCGGAUGCUCCAGGACGAGGAACAGGACGACGUCUCGCAGACCUCGAUGGGACGCGAGAAGCGGGCCACGAGGCUGGCAAAGCAGCGCCAGCAGCAGCGCAGCAGGAAGCGCCAGCAGGGCUACAGAAAGAACGCCAGGACGUGGGGCAAGCAGGGCUCCAGAAAAAAGAACGAUUCUGGCUCGAAACCGAGGUCCAAGUCCAACUCCACCAUGGGCCGCGUGGUCAGCGACGCCUUUGACAAGAUGCUGGGCUGGGGCGAGCACGACGACGGGGGCUACUCGUCGGGAGAAGAGUCGGAAAACAUCAUCCACGACCUCCAGGACGCCCUCAUGGAAACCUUUGGCUGCUCGGUACCCCGCAGCGCCAAGAUGGUCAAGACCCGGGGACGCGGCCGCGACAACGACCACGACGAGGAGGAGGACGACGACGAAACCGUAGAGACCAACAACACGGAGAGGUCCAGCAUCAUCUCCAAACCGAGGCACAUCCGAAACGGUUCCAACAUGAGCGGAUCGAUGCUCUCGGGACUCUCGACCGGUCUCUCCUUCGAGACGACGGAGGAACUGGCGGACUUUACCCGGGAGCAGCAGCAGUUGCAACAAAUGCAGCAGCAGCAACCCAAGGACGUGACGGCGAGCGAGAAGAAAAAACCGAGCUACAAGGUUCCGGAGGGCGUCGAUCGGGCGGGAAAUCCCCCCGCCGUCAGGGAGGACGCGACCUCCUCCGUCACGGACUCGAUCAUGUCCAGCCUCGAAAAGGUCGGCUACUCGGAAGACCUCCACAAGCGGAUCAAAGAGGAACCCGAUUUCGAGCCCAUCGACCUGCUCAAGGAUGGGGACAACCUCUUCGAGGACGUCAACAAGAUCGGGUCCAACCUCCUCACCGUGGCCUCCACCAAGGUCGACGAGAUGGUCACCUCCCUCCAGGGAUUCCUCGGGACGGCACCGACGCCCUCGGACGUCAGCGAGUCGGGAACGAGGACCAUCGACACGGGCUUUAACUCCACCAUCGACGUGGGCACCAUCGACGCGGGCACCAUCGACACGGGCAUUAGCACGAUCCAGACGAACGAGUCGACCGCCCUCGGCGCGCCACUCUCCCACCACCGGAGCCUGACCUACACGCUGAGCAACGCCUCGGAGCCCCUGGAGGUCAUCAGGGAGGGGGAGGACACGGAAGCUCCCAGUGCGGAGGCCUCUGCCCCUUCCCAGGAGCCCGCGGAAGAAGUCCCUUCUCCCAAGAAGACCUUCGAGAACCGCUUCGAGAUCAACGUCUUCGAGACGAUAUCGGUGGGCAACGAGGAAAUCACCGUGGACACGGCCGCCACGACCUGCGAAGCGGUCCAGAAAGAAGAAACCCCCGAUACCGAGCGCAAGCUCAUGGACAUUGUCCAGGCGGGAAGCGACGUCGACCUCUUCCAGGACAUCGAGGAAGAGGACUCCCAGCCCCCCGGGAUGGCCGAAAAGCUCCUCGUGCCCGAGGCGGACGACGAGCAGGACUCGCUGGUCCGGCUCCUGGAGGAGUGCAGCACCGUCUCGGGGGAGAAGGAACCGACGGAAAAGUCGCUGCUCCCGCCGGAAGGCGACGAGGAGGAUGCCGUCGAGGAGGCCGACGGCCGCGGGGGAGACGAGCCUUGCGCCGCGCCGAUCGACUGGUCCUCGACGGCCUUUGCACAGGCCCUGGAAAAGAGGGCCUCCGCAAUCCGGGAGCAGGACCGGGGGGAGGCACCCGAAGCAGCAAGCCCCCCGGAACCGUCCGAUGCCGAGGAUGGCUCGACGGCCGUGGAUCGAGCCGGCGAAACCACCUCCACCACGGCGAGCCCCGAAACAGACCCCGAGCCCCUGGCUCUCCCCCAAGAGGCGACGACGGAAGCCCCCGCGGCCACCGAGGCCCCGGCUCCGGCAGAAGAAACGACGGCUGCCGCUACGGUGAAGACCGUGAACAAGUCUGCCCAAUCCACGCCGAAAAAGGCCCAGCACAAGCCGGUCGAGAAGAAGAAACCGAAAAAGUUUGGUCUCAAGAUCCGCAACCCCUUCAAGAGAGAAAAAUCCAAGAAGGGCGUGUCUUCCACCCCGCAAGCACCCAAGGUCACGGUCCGGCCCACCCCGUCUUCCUCCCCGCAGGAUUCUCUGGCCGUCACCAAGGCGACAAGGGAGGCACCCGUGGAGAAGGAAGCCGAAACCGAGACGGUGGGAUCCUCGCUCGUCGAAAGCUUCGAGAGCGAGGCGCCGAUGGACUUUGCCAACUUUGAGGAGAUGGACUUUGCCCUCGCGGAGCAGCAACAGCAAGAAGCCCUGCCCGGCAUGGCCUUUGGAUCGACCGAUGCCGCCUCCGGUAGCGGCCCCGAGGAACCGGAGGGCAGUCCGAGCAGCGACGAGCCAAUCCCAACCCAGGGCCCGGCGGCCCCGGGAUCCCCCGUCCGCCAUUCGGCCGUUGGCCCGGAGGCCGUCACGGCCACCCCCAAGUCGUCCAACCUCGAGUCCGAGAUGAGGCGUCCCUCGAGCUACGUGAGUUUGUCCGAGCUCGGUGGGAUAGAAGAAACCAAGAGCAAUUCCUUCGAGGCCUCCUUCGACAACAGCGGCUUCCGGACCCCCACCAAGGCCAGCAAGCCGCCGCUCCGGCCCAGACCCUCGUCGGUAUCGACCUCCAACACCGCCGUGGGCUUUGACAGCUUUGACAACCACAACAAGGAACUCUCCUUUGACGACUUUGAGGUCCAGGGCUUUGACCUCUCCCCCACCGCCGGGAGCUGGGAACCCUUUGCGGAAGACGUCGGCGCCGCCGCCUACCGGCAAAAGGCGGCCUCCUACGGGGCCUCGGGCACCUCGCCGCAGAAGGUUUCCGACUUUCCGCGCUGCUGAGCUCGGUGUCCGGGUCCUCCCCGGCGGGGAAGCGGCUGGCUUCUUUUUUCGGCUGGCAGGGGCUCGAUCAGUGGUGGUGCCCCCACGGUUGGCUUCGACUCGAUUCGAUUUUUUCGGAAUUCGGAUUGGAACCAGCACCUGUUUUGUAAAUUAUUUUUGUCUACCGUGAUGACGAUCGUGAACGUAUUUUGUAUUCUAGGCACCAGCCACGCCAGAAAAAGUAUUCUAGUAUACGAGCUAACCAACAACAAUAUAAGGAAACUACGUUA